AACCGAAAACAAUCCAAAACAGAAGCGCAAGGCACAGAUAAUAAACCAAAACACCACCACCAGGGUUUAAGGGUUUAAGGCGGCUACACUACACUACUCUACACUACUUCUUCUUCUCUAUGAAUUCCACUGCUUCUGCAAACCCUUUGCUCGACCCAUUUCCCCCAAUCCGACCUUCAUCACUUUCCCCAAUCCAUUCCCUUAAAAAUCCAAUCUUUAUUUGAUGUCCAUCACCCAAACCCCACCACCACCACUCUCCCCUGCAAAUCUCACCACCAAGGCUUUAGCUUUUCGAAGCCCUAUUAUUCCCCCCCAAAACCCAUCAAUGAUAUCAACCGCUGUGUGGAGAUGCUUCGCUAAACAAGCCAUUUCCAGAGCCCAGAGGCCACCCCUUAAACCCCAAUCUCUUUCACGAGCUCAUACCCUUCUGGGUUUUUGCCAAAGAUCGAGUUUUCAUGAAAAUUUCAAGCCCAUUUUGCUAAGUUCUUGCUCAAAUUUUGUGGGUUUUCGCCGAAAUGAUCAUAUGCACAAGCCCAGUUUUGGGUCUCUGAAUCGAGUUGGGGUCAGUGAUUUCUGCCCCAAAGGGUAUGCUAGUGUAGCUGAGGCGGUUUCGUCCACUGAUGCUGAGGAAGAGGUGUCUGUUGUUGACGGGCUUCAAGAAAUAUUGCAGGAGAUGAGAAAAGAGGAUAGGAGGCAGGCACAGUAUAGGCGGCGGAGCCGGCAGGCUAGGCAGAGAGGAAUGGGGCAAGGGAAGUACCUAAUGCUUAAGAGGAAGCAGAUAAAGAUUGAGACCGAAGCGUGGGAGAAGGCGGCGAAAGAGUACAGGGAGCUUUUGAUGGACAUGUGUGAGCAGAAGCUGGCACCCAAUUUGCCAUAUAUGAAGUCUUUGUUCCUUGGUUGGUUUGAGCCUUUGUGUAAUGCCAUUACCAAGGAGCAAGACUUGUGCCGCCAAGGGAAGAAUAAGGCGGCUUAUGGUCCAUAUAUGGAUAAGUUACCGGCUGAUAUGAUGUCGGUUAUUACAAUGCAUAAGUUGAUGGGGUUGCUGAUGACCGGCGAGCAUGGUAGUUGCAGGGUUGUAUCGGCUGCUUGCACCAUUGGUGAAGCCAUAGAGCAGGAGGUUAGAAUACACAACUUCUUGGAAAGGACAAAAAAGAAAAAGGUUGGUAAAGAUCAGGAAACCGGAGAAUCUGAUGCUAUGAUGAAGGAAAAUGAGAAGCUGAAUAAAAAGGUCACAAAUUUGAUGAAAAAACAAAAAAUGCAAGCAGUGAGGCACAUAGUGAGGGGACAUGAUGAUUCAAAAGGCUGGAGCCAGGAAGCAAAGGCUAAGGUUGGCAGUCGUUUGAUUGAAUUGCUGACCCAAACAGCUUUUAUACAACCUCCAGCUAAUCAGUUAGGGGACGGUCCGCUGGACAUACGACCUGCAUUUGUGCACACAUUUAGGACUGUGAGCAAAGAUGCAAAGAACAGUAGCAGAAGAUAUGGUGUUAUUGAAUGUGAUCCUCUCGUUCUCAAAGGGCUUGAGAGAACAGCAAGGCACAUGGUGAUUCCUUAUAUGCCCAUGUUGGUACCCCCACUCAAUUGGACAGGUUAUGAAAAAGGAGGGCACUUUUUCCUACCGUCAUAUGUCAUGCGCAUUCAUGGAGCUAAACAGCAGCGUGAAGCAGUUAAGAGGACCCCCAGGGAACAACUAGAACCAGUUUUUAAGGCCCUGGACACUCUUGGGAAUACCAGAUGGAGGGUUAAUAAGAGGGUACUUAAUGUUGUAGAUAGGAUAUGGGCUAGUGGAGGCCGUCUUGCUGAUUUGGUGGACCGCAGUGAUGUUCCUUUACCAGAGAAACCAGAUACUGAAGAUGAAACAUUGCUUAAAAAAUGGAAGUGGAAAGUGACCUCUGUGAAGAAAGAGAACAGGGAGAGACAUGCACAGCGUUGUGACAUAGAACUUAAACUUGCUGUAGCACGGAAAAUGAAGGAUGAAGAAGGAUUUUACUUUCCACACAAUCUUGACUUCCGGGGCCGUGCAUAUCCUAUGCACCCAUACUUGAACCAUCUCGGUUCAGAUCUUUGCCGGGGUAUUUUAGAGUUUGCAGAGGGACGCCCUCUUGGAAAGUCAGGCUUACGUUGGAUGAAGAUACACUUGGCAAAUCUAUAUGCUGGUGGUGUGGACAAAUUAUCUCUUGAGGGUCGACUAGCAUUUACUGAGAAUCAUUUGGAUGAUAUAUUUGAUUCUGUGGACAGACCACUAGAAGGAAGGCGCUGGUGGUUGAAGGCAGAAGAUCCAUUUCAGUGCUUGGCUGUGUGCAUUAACCUCUCUGAAGCUCUAAGAAGCUCUUCUCCAGAGACAUUUAUCUCACAUAUUCCUGUACAUCAGGAUGGCUCUUGCAAUGGCUUACAACACUAUGCUGCCCUUGGAAGGGACAAGUUAGGAGCAGGUGCUGUCAAUCUGGUUGCAGGAGAGAAACCUGCUGAUGUUUACUCAGGUAUAGCUGCUAGGGUUCUGGCUAUCAUGCAGAGUGAUGCACAGAAGGAUCCUGAAGUUUUUCCUGAUGCAUUGCGUGCAAGAGUGUUAGUUAAUCAGGUGGAUAGGAAGUUGGUAAAGCAGACUGUGAUGACGUCAGUAUAUGGUGUCACUUAUAUUGGUGCUCGGGAUCAAAUCAAGAGGAGGUUGAAGGAACGUGGUGCCAUUUCAGAUGAUGCAGAGGUCUUUGGUUGUGCUUGUUAUGCUGCGAAGGUCACCUUAACUGCUUUGGGGGAGAUGUUUGAAGCUGCUCGAAGUAUCAUGAGCUGGCUUGGAGAUUGCGCAAAAAUAAUUGCAUCUGAAAAUGAGCCAGUACGGUGGACAACUCCACUUGGACUUCCAGUUGUGCAACCUUACCGCAAAUUUGGAAGGCAUCUUAUUAAAACUUCCCUUCAAAUUUUGACAUUACAACGAGAAACAGAAAAGAUCAUGGUCAAGAGGCAGAGGACAGCUUUCCCACCAAAUUUUGUUCAUUCCCUCGAUGGUUCUCAUAUGAUGAUGACUGCAGUUGCCUGUAAAAAGGCAGGCUUAAACUUUGCAGGAGUUCAUGACUCGUAUUGGACACAUGCUUGUGAUGUGGAUGUAAUGAACAGGAUACUCAGGGAAAAGUUUGUCGAGCUAUAUGAGACUCCAAUACUAGAGAGAUUGUUGGAGAGCUUUCAGCAGUCUUUUCCUGAAUUAACUUUUCCGCCCUUACCUGAGCGGGGCGACUUUGAUUUAAGGGACGUUUUAGAGUCACCUUAUUUCUUUAACUGAUAGGCGCAGAGUUAUCUUCAUUUUAGACAACCUAUGCCUCGAUUAGCAUUCUGCUUCCGAUGUUCACUCAGCUUCUAUAAAAAGGUCAAGAAAAAUGAAGCAGAUUGAAUGAGAACCCUGGCAUUGACUCCCUGCAUCAUGCCUAUAAAGUCUGCUUGAAGCUUUGAGGGAGUCCAUUUAUGGUAUGAUGCCAGCGCCACUUCGUUCUUCUUGUACAGCCAGCAUUUAAAUGGUUCCUGAAUACAUAUAUGCAUGUGCAGUGGAAGUGAGCAAAGCUUGAUACAUCAAGUGAGCAUCUAUGAGGAAGCUGAGAAACAAAGAUGCUACCAUACGUUAAUACAGCUAGUCGACAAUCUAUAUCUUAGAUUCUUGUGAAGUAUGGAAAGCCUUGCGGCUGAUUGAAGGAACAAGUAGAUUUAGACUAGUAGAGGUUGCCUAACCUGAGUGUGCAUACAGCACUGUGACCAUGCCGCUUUUAUGUUUAUAAUGUAUCUUCUUCCCCUGUAAAUUUGAGUGACACGUUUGGUUGGCUAAAGCUGUAAUUAUUCGUUCAA